UGGCGAAACGUAUCCUGCUGUCGGUAUAUUUUGCACAGGAUCGCUAUUCCUUACAGAAAAUAACUCUAUUAUUAUAAAUAUAUCCGUGAAUCCUUAACAAAGAGACUAUGUAAGCAUUCAAGAAUGAAGUGCAGGGAAGUUUUAGACUUGGAAUUACUGUUAUUGGGGAUAAUAGCAAUUGCUGGCGAGAGCGUUAGCGAGACGCAGACUCCGCACAAAACGAAACAGGCCAGCGAGAAGCAGCACGACCUCUGGUGCUACAAAUGCGACACCAUGACAAAUGGGGAGAAAUGCUUGGAUUUGGAGGGCAAUGAUACGACGAUGCAUCACAAAUGUAAUAAGGAGCAGAAAAAGUGUCAGGUCAGAAGAAUCUCGAUGUCGACCAGCACCGAUGAAGUAACAGGAAAACCGAAACUCUGGUUGUUGCAGAGAAACUGUUCGGAAAGUUGCGAACCAGGGUGUAUCGUGAUAGGCGAACGGACUAAAUUACACUCGUGUAUAACCUGUUGCGACGAGCACAAUUACUGCAACGCCGGCAGCGUAGCGGCAAAAACCGCCGCCAAUCAAUUUCUUGUCAGCUCAUUUUCGUUUCUGUGCGCCUUUGUCGGAUUUCGGGCACUGAUGGCAGUCGCGGGCGAUAGACGCGUAUUUAGCGAUGUACGUAGAUAACACGCAGGAACGUUGAAUUUUAAUUAAAAAUUUUACUGCUAUAAAUUAGUUUCAUUUUGAUGUCCGUGAAACAAGAAGAUAACCCUGUCAGAAGCCAUCUUUUAUGGUGAUUUAAUGUUAUGUUGAGCUAUUUCAAAAAAUACAUUUCUGGGAUCCACACUUCUAUAAAGUCUACAUAUUUUUUUGUAUCUGUUGCGUGAGACGUUCCGCCUAUUUUCUGGACAAAAGGGGAAAAAUACAAAGUCGAUGUUCGUAAUGUUUAACGAUUGGAAAAGUUUCUAUAAACAUUAGUGAGACCUGAGGAAAAAUUUAAGACCAUUUGUUGCACGCAAAGUAUUUUUCUGUCCCAGUUUGUGUUGGAAAGUGUGUAAAAAUGUGUACCAUGAAAUCACGAAAGUUUAUUGUUUCUUUGAUCUUUUUUUAUCAUCAAAUAUUGAAGAUCACUGCUUGAAAUGCUUUUUUAAUAUAAACUAAUACUUAAAAAUUAUAACAAAAAAUUAAUCUGAUUCUGGAAUUUCCGAAUAACAAACAAUAACAAGAAUAUCUUUAGCUUAAAUAGUAGGUAAAUCUUCUAAUAGAAACCUAUCCAGGACAUAAAUAGCUUCGUUCGCGGUAACAAUCCUAAAUUAAUUCAUAAUUACUAAUUCAUACUUUGAACGUAUGCCCGAUUAAUUAUUAAUGGGCCAUGAUCAGAUGUGAGAUAUGCUGUUUUAUAAAUUAUAUUGUAAUAUUUAGUCACUAUACAAGUCAGUUUAUUAAAAAAGGCAAAAGUUUUUAAAGUAAAACCAUUUAUAAUUUAAAGUUUGAAAUGAGUACAGUUCAUCAAAUUUCUAGAGGUGUUCGAUGCCCAGACAGAGAACGCGCUACGUGUGACUAAGAUAGCUAUUGUACAGUCUGCUAAACAAGUUAUUUUAAAUAGUUUUUAAUAUUUUUAGGUAAUUAAAUUUUAAAAGUGUGGAAUAGUUUAGGGAUUAAAAUGGUCUGAUUGGACUUUCUUAGAACGUUUUUAAAAGCAGCUAAAGAUAGUAUGUAGAAUUGAAAAUAAUUAUUAUGCCAUAAAAGGUGUUUUGGAAUUCCUUCAACCUUUUGAAAUUGAGUCAGAAAAUAUAAAUUUUAUAGGAUAGCGGAAAAUACCUAUAAUUUUUUUGUAGGCCUUUGUAAAUCGUGGAAAUAGUUUAUAUUUUAUUUCUACCUUAUUAAGGAAAAUGGUA